CAUAACGCGAACAACCCCCUCCCCUUUUACUCUCACAAACCUAAAACACUGUUCAUCACCACCGCCUGGAACUCGUCGUCUCUGUCAUCGUCGGGUAGAGGUGGCAUCGCCGCCGGUUGUGACAGAGGGUGCCGUGCCUUCGUCGUCUCUCGAAGGUCCGUUCGACCCUCUUCUCCUCUACAUCGCGCGAAGCUCUCGGAGCUCUUGGUGUCGCCAUCGCAAACGGUUGCUCGUCGGCCCUGUUUUCUUCAGUCGCGAACGGUUGCUCGAUCCUCUUCAAGCCCGUCCUCUUCUCCGUGAAUCUCUACCCGGAGCCUCGCCGGGAAUCUCUGUUCGGGGCCUCGCCGUGGCAAAGUGAUCCUCUUCCGAGCUCACUCUGUCACCGCCGUUCCUGCCUCGCCGUGUCUCGGGCACAGCAACUGAGCGCAUGCUUUUCCAUUCAAAUUGAAAAUGUUAAAAGUGUAUUCAUUGUGGGUUUUAAGGCUUUUACAGAUGGGCAAUGUUGGGCUUCAACUCCUUUGGUACUUCCUACACAUACUUCUCAGCAUUUGGCAUUCCAUCUUAGCAAUCCGUUGUUUCAUUGAAAGUUAUUUCAUCACUUGUGGAGUAUUGGAGAAAUACAAGUCUCUUAAUAUAGCAAAGCUUCGGUACCUUGCCAUUGUCAUAGAAAGUGAAGAUGCUCACCAAACUUCAAAAGUUGUCAAGCUCUUGCAGUGGCUGGAUUCUAUUGGGGUAAAGAAUGUUUGCCUCUAUGACAUGAAUGGAGUGCUGAAGAAGUCUAAAGAAGCCAUAUUUGGAAAAUUGAAGAAUGCAAAACCAAUAGAGGAAGUUAAUGAAGCUAUUACACUCCACGUUCCAGAGCACAUGACUUUGGAAUUUGUUUCUUACGCAGAUGGAAAGGAGGCCAUGGUAAAAGCAGCCAAUUUUAUUUUUGUAGAGAAUUUGAAACGACAAAACUUUGGUGGAGAAAUUGAUGGUCAAGUGAUAUCAGAACCUCUCCUGAAUGAGGCACUGAAAGUUGUUGGUUGCAAGGGUCCUGAACCUGACCUUUUACUUGUUUAUGGGCCAGUGAGAAGCCACCUUGGUUUUCCUGCAUGGAGGAUUCGGUAUACUGAGAUUGUACAUAUGGGAUCAUUGAACUUCAUGAGAUAUGGCUCCUUAAUAAAAGCCAUUUACAACUUCACAAAAGUGCACCAGAAUUAUGGUACGUAGUGAAGGAAUUUGAGGAUAACUGACUUGGCAUUUGCAAGCCACAUAGGAGUGAAUAAUAGAAAAAUACUUAACUACAUAUAUUUGAGCGGCAGACCUUUCGGUAGAUGAGAAAUAUAAUUGCAAAUCAUAAUAUAGUUCUAAUGUAAGUUUUUUUGGGGGAAGGAAAAAAGAAAGAAAAAAGUUAUAUAUAUUACUCUCUUUAUUCAUAUAUAGUUUUUGUCUUAUAACUUCCGUGUAUUUUUAUUCAAAGUGCACCAUAAGAGACUGAGAAAGAGGAUGCAGUUGUUGAUAUACAAACAAAGAUGGUCGUAUAUUUCCAAUUUCCACCCUUUCGUUUUCCUCCCCAGGUAGAAAAGUAACGUGUAGUUGUCAUUACAAAGCAAUGUUGUGUACUAAUAACAGGACACAUUGUAUCGUGGAAGGGAAAAGAAAAGAACAGGGUACCUGAUAAUUACAUUUUAACUCCCUUUCACUUUAAAA